GUGGGUGUGUGAUCGGAGCAGAGUUUGGUCAAGACGUGGGAGAGACGAGCCGGAAACGGUCCGAGGAUCAACGUCGUAAGAGCUCUGUCGUCGAGGGCUUUGGUAUCGGCAACAACAACCUGGCACGUCUUACAAGCCUAGCUCUGAUGCACCUGCUGCUGACACCGCCCUCGGCCCGCAUGCCUGCCCACACGCCUCUGCGACGGGCUGCCAUCGACCUCAUCGGACGGGGCUUCACUGUCUGGGAGCUGUACAUAGAUGUGAGCCGUGUGUUGCUCGCUUUAUUGGAACUGUGCUGUGACGCUGACAAGCUGGUGCCCAGCAUGAGGUACGGUCUACCGCUGACUCCAGCUGCAGACUCCUGCAGGACUGCCAGGCACGCUCUAACACUAAUCGCCACAGCUAGGCCGGCUGCUUUUAUCACCACUUUGGCCAGAGAGGUUGCGAGAUACAACACGUUGCAACAGAACGCGCAGACUCUCAACGUGAAUUUGAGUAAUGUCGUGUUACAUCGUGCAAAGACGGAGAUCCUGCGUUGUGUUGAACUGCUCAUUGAUAAGAUGCACACAGAGAUUUCUGACCUGCUCAUCGAGGUAAUGGAUAUCAUCCUGCACUGUGUGGACCCUGGCCACCUGAAGAUGAAGGGGUUGAGUGACGUGUUCCCGGCCAUCUGUCGCUUCAACCAGGUCAGCCACUGCCCCACCACACGCCGCAUCGCUGUGGGUGCCAAGAACGGUCAGGUGGCACUGUACGAGCUGCGCUCCUCCAAGUGCCAGCUGAUCACUGCCCAUGGAGCCGCUAUCACAGCCCUGGCAUUCUCUCCGGACGGGAAGUUCCUUGUGUCCUACAGCUGUGGUGAGAACAGGCUCUCCUUCUGGCAGACAUCAACAGGAAUGUUCGGGCUAGGUAACAGCCAGACCAAGUGCACUAAGUCUUACAGCACCUCUCCCGUGGCCGAGAUGUCUCGACUGAAUCCGAUGCGGCUCGCCAAGCUGGUCUGGAUCAACAACCGCACAGUCACACUCAUGUUGUCCGACGGCUCAGAGACCCGUUUCAACGUCUAAAUUUAUUAUUUCUCUCCCCCUUCCAAUUCUCUUUGAUUGUAUUAUAAUUCCGUCAACUUUUUCUCUGCUGUAAAAAAAUAUUUAUUCCACUUAUAUUAAUUGUUUGUUAGGAGUCAGCAAAGAAAAAGUUCUGAAAUAAUUGUUAUGAAUUUUCAUGCAAGAGUUUUUGUUUCAACUGUGACAAUAAUGUAUCACUUAAGAUUAGCAGGAUUUUAAAAGAUUUUUGCAAAUUAGUUGAUAUUCCUUCCAUGUUACCAUCCAUAUUUGAUCACAUAUGCAUGCGUAGUGAACACUUUAUAUUCACUACAAUACUGAAAGAAUAGUUUAUUUGAUUGUUUUUAUUAUAAUAAUCAGUUAUAACAGAUUAUUAUAAUAUAUUAACGCUGUCAAAGAAAACCAGUUACAAUUUCAAAAGUAUAUAUAUAUAUAUAUAUAUAUAUAUAUAUAUAUAUAUAUAUAAAACUUCAUAACACUAACAUAACUUCAAAUUACUGGGGAAAUCAAACAUUUUGUAAUUUUAUGUGUAGUACGCUUCUUUUCAUUUUUUGCUUACAAUAACUGAGGAUAUAUGUCAUUAAAAAAUUGUAUGCCAUUUUUUAUUAACAGAGGAUAUUGAUGGCUUUUUUGUGGAUAUUUAUUUUGUAUCAAAUUAAAUAAUUGUGCUAUACCUGUGAACAUGAAAUGGAAUAUUUUAAAAUUUCUAUAAUUGUUCAAAAGAAUAAAUGUAAGAAAAUGAACAUUAGCAUAAGAGUUCCUGAUAUUUAGCAUAAAAAUAUACCAAUUUAAUUCAGAUUAAUAGAUGUUUUCAAUAUUAGCAGUUACUUGUUAUUAACCAUUCUUUAUAAAAAUUAUAUUUUUUUACUAGUGUAUAAAUACAGAUUUAAAUUGGCUGAUUGUUUAUCUAGAAUUAUGACUUACGGAACAUUUUUUUGUCUCAUCAAGGAGCUAGAUUAUAGUGUUAUUCUAUGUUAUUGUUAUCCAGCAUUUUAUAAUGAAUUAUAGUCUAAAGAAAAUGUAUUCUUUAUUGUCAAGUUUUGUAAAGUUAAAAUGUUUUUUUUUUAUUUUUGGAUAAAAUUGUAAAUUAUUUACAGUGUCAUGUAAAAAUUAUUCAGUUCUGUUUAUGCUUAUUUUAUUUCACGCAAACCUAAAAUUUCUUGUAUUUAUUGUUUAGUUUAGAAUCCCGUUUUAAAAUCUAAUUUUAAACAUUUAACAUUUUAUAACUUACUGUGGAAAGAACAGACAGAAUUAAAAAGGUUCUAGUUCUUGCUGAUCUACCAAUUAAUAUGAUUUUACUUACAGCUUGUUACAUAACUUAAGUUUAAUCCACAUUUAUUUCUAUCUAGAUGCUAUUGUUUAGGUUUGUUACCAAAUCAAAUUUUGGAUAGUUCGAAAAAGGCAUAUCUCAUUAAUAAUGCCUAAAUAACACAAUUUAUUUAAAAAUUUCCCUACCUUCUCCCAUCUACACUUUUCAAAAAUUAAUUUUUUUUCGUUAUUACUUCUCUCCAAUUGUAAAAUAUUGUAAUAAAAUGUAAAAAUAUUGAUUCUUUUGUAAUAAAGUCACUUUCUUGAUUUCAAUAUUUUGUCCUACUCUCCUAAGCUGACAAAGAUGGAUCAAUAAUAAAUCAAUAACAUUUUGUAAAUCAUUUUAUAGCAUUAAACAUACCUUUAAACAACAAAAAUAUAUUUGAUGAAUACAUAAUCUUACUUGUACUUUUUCAAAUUCAAAUAUAUUUUUGUCCUAUUAUUUACAUAAACAUUAACAAAGUCGUAAUGCAGCUCAUUAGCCAAGUCAAAAUACUUAUAACUAAUUAAUGAAAUUAUUCCUAAUAGUUUGUUCUGAAGUGAUGUCUUUUUUUCUCAAAACCGUCUUGCUUCGUGUGAAAAACUCUUUUUGGUUAGGGAUUUUAUAUUUUAGUUUGCUUGAUAGUAUUAUACCAAUAACAACGCAAAGUAUGUCUCAUUUUACCUUAAUCAUUUAUUUUAUGGUGUACGAGAAGGAUAAGUAAAGACAACAUUCCUUGUAUUACUUGUUUAAUGUCUGUCACCACUGUUAAAAUAAUUUUAUUGAUAAUUAAAGAAUUAGUUUAAGAUUUACUUUUAAAUAGUUAUGUAAAGCUUUUGAAUUAAAAUGCUAGAUUAAAUGUAUAGUGUUGUCAUUGUCAUUAUAUUGGUUGUAAAAUAAAGGGAUGUUAUUGUUAAAAGUAUUAUACCACUGUAAAGAUAAUGUGCAACGGAGGUGUUCUGAAUAUAAUGUACUAAUGAAUAUAAAUUAUAAAUCUAUUUA